AUGAAGUCAAGUCUAACAGCAGAGAAUAAAAAGGGAUUAAUCAGAAUUCCUUUAUCCUUCUUUAUUGCAAAAGAUGAAAUCAACACCACUGCUGAAAUCAAAAUCAUAGUAAAAACACCAAUUGAUACAACAGAGAGAUCUACAUCAAUUAGCAUCUUUCAGGAUGUAACUGGAAAAUUUGCAAGAGAAGGCAGUGCUUCGAGAGAAUCAACAAAGAAGAAUGCGCUUAUUGCAGUUCUAUGCGUCUUAACUGUUCUUACUGUAAUUGUUGCCAUUGUAGUUGUUAUUCUUUGGCUAAGAAAGUAA